AUGGUUUGGAACAUCCGCGGGCUUACGGAUGAUUCUAAGCUCCUUCUUAAAGAGCAUUGCUGCUCUUUUAAGCCUCUUAUUUUGGGUUUGCUGGAGCCCAAAACUGAUUUUACUAAGGUCCCUCGUUCGUUCUGGAGGUCGCUUCACCUUGAUCCUAUUCACCAAAAUUACCGUCCUUCCAUGCGUUCCAACAUAUGGAUUUUUGUACAGCCUUCUUUAACUGCUAAUGUUGUCUUUUCUUCUCCUCAAGUGGCGAUUGUUGAUUGUCAUUGGCAGAAUAUGGAUUUCCGUCUGGCCAUUAUCCAUGGUUCUAACGAUCCUGGUGAGCGUUGGACUCUUUGGACUAUUCUUCUUCAUUUUGCUCAGGGCAACACGGUUUUCAUCGGCGACUUUAAUGCGGUCAAAGGGUCGCAUGAGCGUAUUAGUGGGGUGCUUCCGCCUAGGGGGGCUUGCAGAGACUUCUGCCGUUUCAUUGAAGACUCGGGUUUCAUUGAAUCUCCCACUUCGGGCCUUCGUUUUACUUGGUCUGGGCGCAGACUGUUGCCUCACCAUGUAGAAUCUCACCUCGACAGGGCCCUUUUUUCCACUUCGUUUGCAAAUCUUUGGGGAACGAUUAACACGCAUGCUCUUCCUCGCGCUACUUCGGACCACUCCCCCAUCGUCCUACAGUGUCGCUUCGCUGCUCCUCCGACUAAAAGAUCUUUUAAGUUCUUGAACAUGUGGAUGUCUCAUCCGAAUUUCUUGGAUGUCGUGGCUGACUCUUGGAACAUGGGUGUUGAUGUGAGAUGCCCUAUGUUAUCUGUUAUGUUGAAAUUAAAACGUUUAAAGGGUGUUUUACGUUGCUGGAAUAAGUCGGUGUUUGGGAAUGUGGACUCGGCCAUUGCCCAAACUCAACAUGAUUUAUCUGAUAUUCAGGCGACUAUUGUGGAUUUGGGUUACAAUGAUAGCAGAUUUGAUGCGGAAGUAAGUUGCGAAGCGAAGCUUAAUAGAUUUUUAUCGCAAAAAAACAGUCUCCUUCAGCAGAAGAGUAGAGUUGCGUGGCUCAUGGAUGGUGAUAAAAACACGAGCUUCUUUCACAAGAUGCUCAAGUUCAGGAAAGAUAAGCUUCAUAUUGGGCAUUUGCGGAUUGGCAAUGAUAUUGUUUACGACUCGGAUGUCAUUGAGCAGCACAUUAUUGGUCACUUUUCUUCUUUAUUCACUAACACGGCCUCUGAUGUGGUGGAUUUGGCGGCUUUAGAGGCUAACGUGGAUUUGGUUAUCACUGAGGAGCAGAAUAAGGGGCUUGUCUCUAUUCCGGAUGACACGAAAAUCACUGCGGCUGUCUUUAGUUUGGAUGGAAAUAGCUCUCCUGGACCGGAUGGAUUUUCCGGCUUGUUUUUCCAAAACUGCUGGAGUUUGAUUAAGAAUGAUGUGAUCAAGGCGGUCAAGAGCUUCUUCUUGCACACGUACUUACCUGUGGGGUGUAAUUCUAACACCUUAAUUUUGAUUCCGAAAAAAGAUCUGGUGGAUUCGGUUUCUGAUCUCAGGCCCAUUGUCUUGGCGAAUUUCCUGUUCAAAAUCAUCUCUAAGGUACUUGCGUCUAGGCUCAGUUCUGUUGCGGCGGCUUCUGUCUCUCCAAAUCAGUUUGGCUUUAUUUCUGGGAGAUCUAUUCAUGAUUGCAUUGCGAUGGGUUCGGAAGGUUUCAAUACCAUGAAUCGUAUUAAUCGCGGGUCAAACUUUGCCUGUAAAAUCGACAUUCAUAAGGCUUUUGAUACCAUGCGCUGGGAUUUCAUCUUUGCUGCUCUCCGCGCCAUGGGGUAUCACGAUCAGUUCAUUCGUUGGAUCGAGGUGAUUUUUGAGUCGGCUCGUAUAUCUAUCUUAUAUAAUGGGAGACUUAGCGGUUACUUCGCUUGUUCUUGUGGGGUUAGGCAUGGCGAUCCUCUCUCCCCUAUCCUCUUCGGUAUUGCUGAGGAUGUUCUUAGCUACAUUAUCAGGAAUUGCGUUACCUCGCGUCAUUUGGUGCCCAUGGGUUUUGAUAGAGUGUCGGAUUUCCCGACUCAUCUUUUCUAUGCGGACGAUGUGCUUAUUUUUUGCCGUGCUUCUGUCAGGAAUGCGAAGAAAAUUAAGCAUAUCUUGGAUUUCUAUGGGGAGCUUUCGGGCCAGAUUUGCAGUCAAGCGAAGUCUAGAAUCUUCUUUGGUCGUGGGGUGUCCUAUGCUAUGACGCAGGGGAUCAAUAGAGUUUUGGGUUUCACUCAGGGAUCUCUCCCGACCACGUAUUUGGGCGUCCCUCUCUUUGUUGGGAGACCGCGUGCUUCUUACUUCAUGAGUAUCAAAGAGAGAAUUGUGCAGAAAUUCUCAAAAUGGAAGGGAUUACAGUUAUCCAUGGCGGGUCGUCUCUGUCUUGUUAACUCUGUGGUCAGAAGCUCUAUUGUUCACUCGAUGAUGGUUUUUCGCUGGCCAAGAUCGCUGCUCCACGAACUGGAUAGAAGUUGCCGCAACUUCAUUUGGUCGGGCUCCAUUGAUAAAAAACCGACCUGUGCCGUGAGUUGGGGUCGUUGUUGCGCUCCCAAGGAGGAAGGAGGCCUAGGAGUUCGGUCCUUUGCGGUGAUGAAUCGCUGCUACAUGAUGAAGAUGGCCUGGAAGCUGUUAAAGGGAGAGGAUUUUAUUUUCCGAAUUCUCCGUUCUCGUUAUUUGAAUAGUUUUGGCUUGGCAAAGGCGUCGGUGGUGGGUUCUUCUUUUUGGUUGAGUGUCAAGUCGGAGGUUGAUGAGUUAGUGGAGAACUCUUAUGCUCUUGUGGGUAACGGGCAGCACACCCGUUUUUGGACAGAUGAUUGGCUCGGUUACAAAAUUUAUGAUAAAAUUGCCAUUCCUUCCUUCAUGCACGAGUUUUUGCAUCAAUCGGUGGCAGAUUACUUUCGCGAUGGUGUCUGGCACUUUUCGGCGAAUUUUAUUGAAUGCUAUCCUGAGGUGGUGGUGGAUAUCAUCACCUGCCAGUUCGUGGGGGAGAAAGAUGGCCGGUUUUGGAAACCGUCUCUCCGUGGGGAUGUGACCGCGGCUUUGGCUUUUGCCCAAAUUGGGCAUCGUUUUCCUAAGGUUAUUUGGGGUUCUUGGAUCUGGAAUAAGGUUAUUCCGGUGAGACGUUCGAUUACCUGCUGGCGUAUCAUUCAUGGACGCCUUCCUACGAUGGAUAAAUUGGUGCGGAAUGGUCUUAUUGCCCCGAAUCGUUGUAGUUUGUGCAUGGCGGAUGCGGAGAAUCUCGACCAUAUUUUCUGGAGCUGUCCCAGUGUGACCCCGAUUUGGAAUGAGUUCCUCACGUGGUUUCAUAUGCCACAUCUUAUGGCUUGUGUGGACAUCAAUUCUUUCUUAGUUCAGACGUGGCAAGUUUCUUUCUGUUCUUUUAUUCAGAAUUUUUGGAAGCUGGGGAUUGCUAACAUUUUGUGGUGUAUUUGGUCGUUACGUAAUAAAGCUAUUUUUGAAGACCAACCUUUUGAGCAGCGACGCGUCUUAGCUUUUGCAAAGGCGUCCUUCAAAGAAGUGGAUGAGGCGUUCUCUAAACUUGGCCAUACUUCUAAUUUGUGGUCUGAUUAUCUGAUCACUCGUUCCAUAGGUGUUUCUAUGCGGGCUGCCCCGCCUCUGAAUUUUGUUAGCGUCAGCUGGUGGCCUCCUGUGGAGGAUUGGAUCAAAGUCAAUACUGACGGGGCAGCGUCAGGUGCCCCAGGCGAUAUCGCGGCUGGGGGGGUUUAUCGGGAUAAGUUUUGUGUUGUCAGAGGCUGUUUUCACUUGAAAGGUGGCAAGGGUUAUGCUUUUGAGGCGGAGUUACUUGCCGUUAUCACCGCGGUUGCCAUUGCGCACUCGCGUGGGUGGCACAAACUUUGGUUGGAGGCGGAUUCUCUAUAUGUGGUGAAGCUUCUGGACGAUCGCUCGUUGGCUGUUCCCUGGCGUUUUUAUGCGGCUUGGAAAGUCACUUUAGCUCGCCUUAAUGACAUAACUUUUCGUGUUUCUCAUAUCUUUCGUGAAGGAAAUGCCGUGGCAGAUGCUAUGGCCAAUUUAACGCAGCCAGAGGGCUGGUGGCCGUUUGGGAUAGAAGCUAUUCGGAAGCUUGUGGUUGCGGACAUCACAACGCACAGCUUCUCUAGGAAGGUUCGGUGA